UAGUACUCGGGAUAAUAAUGUUAAUAUUUAAUGUACCUUCCGCAAAUAAGUUUUCAUACGUUUUCAACUAAGUUAUUUCACAAACAUGUGUGACGAUCAACUUUUACUUUAGAAUUGUUUGAAAGAACGAAGCAGUUCUCUUCAUGUUAGACAAUGACAUGGACAUUUCGGUCUCUUCUGGUUAUAAAGAUUACGUAUGGGCGGUGUCACUAUAUCGUUUCGGCUUGAAAGUGUUUGGCUUGUGGCCCAAUAACGAUAACAGUGCUAAAAGAAAUUUGUGGACAGAACUUCAAAUAGGGUCUAUUUUAUUUUUAUUAAUAUUUGUUACUAAUGUUCCAAUGGUACAUGCGACUAUACGAGUUGGGGGUGAUAUAGUACUUGUAAUAAGCAGUUUACAAAUGACAAUACCCUUACUGAUAAUAACAAUAAAAUAUAUUAUUAUGCAAGGAAAACGAUCAGAUAUUUCGUCGGUUGUAAAUAUGAUGGCGGAAGAUUGGAUGGCACUUAAGUCGGAUACAGAAAGACGUGUGAUGAUAAGACGAGCACGAACUGCUCGAUUAAUCAUGACAAUGGGAUACAUUCUUGCGAUGGUGGGAUGUGUCGUAUUACUCGUACCACCUUAUUUUGGCUCGGAACCAGUGCAAACAACAAAUUUCAUGAAUCGAAGCAAAUCGUUACCGUUGGAGACGUAUACCUUCUACGAUACAGAUAAGAGUCCGCAGUUUGAAUUAACAUAUCUCCUUCAUGCCAUAACAACUUUAAUAGGAGGUAUCAUUGAAACGUGUAUAGAUCUUUUUUUAGUACUAAUAGUUCUUCACGUUAGUGGUCAGUUAGAGAUCUUUAGGUACCGAUUAAUUAGAUUAAUCUCAUGUGAGAAUUUCAACGAAGCUCUAAGUGAUAUCGUAAGAAAACAUUUACGAUUAAUCAGAUUUGUUGACACUAUUGAAAGUAUGUACUCUUUAGUGAUGCUUAUAUUGUUACUUUAUUUUGGUGUCACCUUUUGCCUAAACGGUUUUCUAUGUACUAUUAUACUUACUGACAUAGAAUCAGAUGGGGCUGUAGUGCAAGCAUUAUACUCAUCAGUGGCUACAAUUUUCUUAUUGAUGAACACUUUUCUCUUUUGUUUUGCGGGAGAGAUUAUAACGGAGCAGAGUGAUGCAGUGUUUCGUGCUAUGUAUGAUCUGGAGUGGUACAAUUUGGAAUCUAAAAAUGCUAGAAAUCUUAUUUUAUUAAUGAUACGAGCCAGUCGUUGUCUUCACAUUACCGCAGGAAAAGUUAUUCCCCUAACGAUGACUACUUAUUGCAGUGUGUUAAAAACAUCAUGUGGUUAUAUAUCGGUUUUACUGGCAAAACGUGAUUGAAUGAUGGUGUCUUAACAUAUUCACGGAAAAUAUGGAUGUGUUUGGAAAUGAAUAGUUAUGAUAUAGUUGUAUUUAAUAAUUCUUGUAGAAAUAAAUGGC